AUGUAUACAGAAGUGGAUGUAUUUGUUAGUAAUUAUACGUUAAUAGAUCCUGAAAUAUAUCAGCUAUGGAUUGAUGGAUGCUCGUCAAGUGAAGCGGUAUGCACACUGCACCAAAGAGGCUUUGCUAAGGAAUACGGAGCAACCGUUGAAUUGAUUGCUAGUGAUGUGCUUGACCAUUACAGGACUUUCGCUCUUUUGGAACGUCUCCUCACAGUACCAUCAAAGCUUUCGGAACAGAUGAUCUUCCAAAUUGAUGAUGCCACAAAACAAAUGUUGAUUGAAAAAUAUUAUGACCUCGAUGAUGCCGUAAUCAGAGAACUGCUUGGACGCAAACUGUCUUCUAGACACAGGAAAGAUUUGGACGAGGUGUCAGAACGAUCUGGUGCUCCGUUGCGUUGCUGCCGGCGCCAGUUCGACAACGUCCGUCGUGUGUUCAAGACCGUGGAAGAGAUGCCAGGAAAUGUGGUCGCCAAUAUCCGUAGCACCUUCCUGCUGUCUGAACCUUUGGCUAAAAAAUAUGGCGCUGUGGUCUUCAUCGCUUGCAUGAGAUUCGAGACUGCCAAAAGGAAGCUGCAGUAUUUAUCAUUUAACGAUUUCUAUCAUUGCGCACAGGCCAUCAUGACAAGUUGGACAUACAGCUGCACUGGUCCAGAGUACUAUGACACUGAGAUGGACAGAGAAUUUCUCCUGGAGUUGCGGGAGUUGAGGAUACUCCUAGACAAGGAGAAGGAGCAUAAACAUUUAAUAUGCAUGAGAUUGAGACCAAAGCUGUUGGAGAAGUCAUACCAAGAGUUGGAGCUUAAUUUUAGGUUGUACACCCGGGCGCUGGUCGGGUUGGCCUGCAACCUACACCGGGGCAGGGAACUUAGAUCUUUGUUCAUUGAUUUACUUGAAAGGUGUGUGGAGCCACUGAGACUCGGUUCGUGGCCAAAGACAGACCUGGCGCAGUUCCUAUGUGCCUACGAACAGUGUGCUUUACAAAUGGAUGUUUUAAGGGAAGCUGACCUGAAGAGCGUGUGGGAGCGAUAUAUGCGCGUUAUAAGCCAAUGUUUAUUGACUAUGUAUCAUAUCUAA